CAAUUGGUCCUAGAAAAUUAAACAAUUCUUAUUUAAUUUUAAUAAAGUUCAGUAUCGAUGAUUUUUUGCAGUUAUGUACCUGUUUCUAAAUUUGGAGAACAAUAGAUCAUUGGAUAUUUAGAUAAAUUCGAAUUAGUUAUCACAUGCAGGAGAAUACGCAAGAAUUGAUAACAGAGUAUGCGUAAUGUUUUGGUGGAUAAUUGAAGAGACGUCUUUAAUUGUGAAUUUUGUAAAUGUGUCGCAAAUGGAUAAGUAUAGUCGGGAUUGCGAAUGUCGAGUACAGUAAUAUUUUGCAGUGCAUUGGUGUGGGUUGUUAAAAGUAACUGGUCUAUGCCAUGAUCCAAUAACCUAAUUUUCUGAAUAUCAUUUUUUGUAUCUUCAUUUGUGAAUAAAUCAUUCUGAGAUAAUGUUAAGCAUUGUUUUAUGCCGUCGCCUGCCACAAGUGGGAUCUAAUGAAAGGAAACUUUGGAUUAAAUCUUUUACUACAUGUUCGCUUAAAUCACGACGACAAAUUAUUUAUUCCGAAGGAGAUUUCUUUCACUUUUCUACUCGCAAUCUAAUGCUUCCAGCGCUUGGAGUUAGGUGUUGCAGCGGAAAUGUAAUUGAUCGCAUCCUAAAAAAAAAGAGAGUAUUGCAAGCAAAAUCUAUUGUGCCUCCAAUUAAGUUUCCACUAAUAAUUUCUGGAUUAACUGGAGGAAAAUCGACUCAACAAAAGAGAGAUUGUUUUCAUCCGGGUGUAUCCAGUUUAAGUCGCGAAGCUAUCCAGUUUCAAGAUAAGGAACCUGUUACAUCUACAAAUAUGAUUAAAGCGAUGCUAAGAUACAUUUGGCCAAAGGAUGAUCCCGAUAUAAGAAAUAGAGUUAAAAUGGCUGUUGGUUUACUUAUCGGUGCAAAAGUUUUAAAUGUCGGUGUUCCUUUUAUUUUCAAGUAUGCAGUAGAUACUCUCAAUGCGCAAAGCAUAGCAAGUAGCGGUAACGCUAUUCUAAGUUUAGGAACUGCACCAGAAACUGUUGCAACGGUAGCAACAUCGUUACUCGUAGGAUAUGGCAUAGCACGUGCAGGAGCGGCUGGAUUUAGCGAACUACGAAACGCAGUAUUUGCACAGGUUGCGCAGCAUUCUAUUCGAAAAAUAGCCAAUAACGUUUUCCUACAUUUACACAAUUUAGAUAUGGCUUUUCAUCUGUCUAGACAAACUGGAGCAUUAUCAAAGACAAUAGACAGGGGAAGUCGUGGUAUAAAUUUUGUAUUAAAUGCUAUGGUAUUUAAUAUCAUACCUAUAGUUUUCGAGUUAGCAUUAGUCAGUACAAUAUUACAUUUGAAAUGUGGUCCGGAGUAUGCAGGUGUUGCACUGGGUUGUGUUGGAGUUUAUGCCAUAUUUACAUUAGCUGUUACACAAUGGCGAACAAAAUUCAGAAUGUACAUGAAUCAAGCAGAAAACGAAGCAAGCAAUAAAGCGAUAGAUUCGCUCAUCAAUUACGAAACAGUAAAGUAUUUUAAUAACGAAAAAUUUGAAGCGAAAAGAUACGACGAAUCGUUAAAAAAAUAUGAGGCUGCAUCGCUUAAAACAAGUACAAGUUUAGCGAUGCUAAAUUUUGGACAGAAUGCUAUAUUUAGCGCUGCUCUAAGUUUAAUAAUGGUAUUAACAUCAACAAAUAUUAUAAAUGGUACUAUGACAGUUGGAGAUUUGGUAAUGGUCAAUGCACUUUUAUUUCAAUUGUCAGUUCCUUUAGGAUUUUUGGGUUCGGUAUAUCGUGAAGUUAGACAAGCCCUCAUUGACAUGCAAACUAUGUUUACUUUAAUGACAAUGGAUACAGCUAUCAAGUCUAAGGAGAACGCGAUACAAUUCAAUAUAACUCCGAUGAAUUCAAACAUUGAAUUUAAAAAUGUCAGUUUUCAAUAUUGUGAAGGCAAGUCUAUUUUUAAAGACAUCAGUUUUAACAUUCCAAGUGGUAAAAAAAUUGCUAUCGUCGGAGGAUCCGGUUGUGGUAAAACAACAGUGGUACGAUUAUUAUAUCGAUUCUUUGAACCGCAGUCUGGAGGUGUUUAUAUAAAUGGACACAAUGUUCAAGACAUAGAGUUACAUACUUUAAGAAAAUCGAUAGCAAUUGUACCUCAGGACACCGUUCUCUUUCAUGAAAGUAUCUUUUAUAAUCUUCAAUAUGGAAAUUUAUGUAAAUCGAAAGAAGAUGUUUUCGAGGCUGCUAAGAUGGCAAACUUACACGAUUCGAUUCUUAAGUGGCCGAAAGGAUACGAUACACCUGUUGGUGAACGUGGACUAAAAUUAAGCGGAGGCGAAAAACAACGAGUAGCAAUUGCCAGAGCGAUUUUGAAAAAUAGUCCGAUAUUAAUCUUUGAUGAAGCUACAUCCUCUCUAGAUUCUAUUACAGAACACAAUAUUCUUGAAGCAUUACGCCGAGCAACUGUCGGACGAACAUCUAUUGUUAUUGCACAUCGUUUAUCUACCGUUAUGGAUUCCGAUGAAAUUUUAGUAUUAAAUAACGCUACUUUAGUAGAGAGAGGAACUCACGAUUCUUUACUUGCUAUGCCGAAUUCCUUUUACAACAAAUUGUGGAAAACUCAACACAUAGGUAUGCUCAAGUCUAAUAAAGAGCAAAAUAAUAAUUGUAGGACGCAAGGAGUUUAAGUGAACAGAUUACGUAAGACACAGGUAACAAUAUCUAUAAAGAGUUAUGAUUAAAAAUACAUAAUUAAGAAAUGCUCAUUAUAUUUUAAAUAUGUUUAAAAUGAAUUUGAAACCGAUUUGUCAGGGAAACAACUCUGUUCAAGAUCUAUGUAAAGAUUGUCGUUACGUAGCGUAAUGACACGAAAUGUAUUCGAGAAUGACUAUUUUAAAAUUAUAAUUUUAACCGCGUGGUUAAAUUUUUCUUAAUUUUAAUAUAAAAACAGUUACGUUUAUCAUAAAAAAUGAAGCCAACUAUCUUUCCUAGUAUUAUGUAUUAUAAAUACAAUAUGCAACAGUAAACAAGUCAUUAGAAAUAUGUGUAUUUAGGAUUGUUUCAUAUUCAUAUUACAAAGAUUGUAUUACAAGAAUGCAUGUGCUGUGCGCAUGUUUAUUUAUAUAUGAAUAAAUUGUAUAAUAUCCAUGUUUGUAAAAAAAAAGAGAAACGAUACUCUUCGUUAAUUUAUUUUUGAAUAAUAUAAUUUGUAUACUAUAUUAUCUGUAAAUAUAGAAGGAAAUUCGGAAUGACAUGGUAGAUAAAAGAUGGUUCAACUUCUUAUGUUACCAACGUGUAUAUACUACAUCGAACAAAAAAUGCUUCUAUAAAUUUAGAAUAUUCUUAUGUUAUGAUAGUAAAAACGAAAUAAAAGAGU